AUGGCAUCCACAGUGACAACUGACAACAACAGUAACAACAACAAUCCGCAGCGAAACACGGAUCAAGCCCGCAUACGCAACACUGCCAUUCAAGCAUUCUACUACGUCCUGGCAUACAGCAUGACCCAUACAUUUGUCUUUUUGGCGGCCAACUUUGACUACUUUUUACCCUCCGGGUCGCCCUUUCUCCUCACCCUGCUGGGAGUCUUUUCCUUUCCACUGCAAGGAAUUCUCAAUGUAUUCAUCUUUUUGAGACCCCGGAUACACGUCCUGCAAACACGAGAUUCAUCCCUCUCGUAUUGUAGAGCCGUCCAUUGGGCCACCUUUCAUUACGACGAUGGUCGCAAUCGUGCCACCGAUUCGGUCGUUCUUCCCACUGCCAAUAAUAUCAAAAGCAGCAAACGCAGUUUGGGCAGCAGUAGCAACACGACAAGCGUCCUACUACAAAACAGCUCCAAGACGGGUGAAAGCAGCAAAUUCUUUGUGGCGAAUAAUACGACUACUGCCGGUGUGAAUCAAAUACCCAUUACGGUUAGCAGCAACAGCGAUGAAGUCAGUGAUGAAGAUGACAGCAUGGUCUUAUCGGAGCCACCAGAAGCGGUUGCUACUGCAAUAGAUAUACAACAAGAAGAUGUUAGGGCAACAGAGGGAGACCCUAGACCAUCAAAACUAUGUCACAUAAAGGGGGGUUCCAAAGAAGGAUGGGUGGGUGCUGCUGGGGAUGGCGUGAAGCAUGGCGAGGACAUCAACGACAUGUCCUUUCUCAGCGAGGGAAGUGAGCGGGAAGCGUAA